UUGUCGCGCUCCUCUACGGGCUGAACCUUGCCGGACCGGGAGUGACGCACCUGAUCACCACCGUUUGGCCCGUGCUCGGAAGCCUUAGAGCCAUGGACAGACAAUCUGUCGACCUCCAGCAGAAGUGGCUGGGAUAUUGGAUGCUGUACGCCUUCGUCAACAGCUUUGAAUGGAUCUUUGCCAGAGUUCAAAAGAAGAUAAAACGAAUCUAUAUCCUCAAGUUGCUGGUGCUGACGGUGUGCGCCCUUCCACACCCGCUGUGCCCUGCUCGGCUUUUGUACGCCCGCUUUUUGCGCCGACGCAUAUGGUUGGAAGGUGGCGGAGCCACGUCGAGUUCCUCUCCCGCGAUGACUUCCACUGUGGUCGACCACUUGUCCGUGACACGUACCUCGGAUGGCCACGAGUCACCCGCUAGGAAGAAGCCACCCCAGAACCCUCCUAAGAAGCCCUUGCCCACAGCCAAGAAAGGAAAGUAAGGAUGCGCCCUUAGUACGUGCUCAACCAUUGCACAGAAAAGGGGACCGCGGUUGCGGGCAGCGGAUGGCGACAAGCCCUUAUCGAACGCCAAAAGUCAAGUGCAACUUAACAAUAAAGUCCUCGUUUACAGUCGCGGAGAGUAUUUACAUGUGAUUUUUACAAGUGUUCACAAAAGCGGUACAUCGAAACGACAAUCCUUGGUCUGUUUCGUACGCUAGAGG